GCGCAACGACAACGAAACUGUCGUUAACUCCAAUAACGAGUUAAAGAAUCGCACCACUGUUAAAGGUUUGGCUUACCGAAUUAUUUAGCGUAAAUUGUAAUGUUUUCGAUUGAUUUCUCGUCUCACUUCGAAAGUGAUUAAUGAGGUUCAUGUCGCCAUACUUGAAGAAGGUGUUGUGAAUUUUAAAAAGCACGUAAUGCAAACCGCCGAAGCUGGACUUCGAUAAAAGGUAGCUCUGUGGUGUGCAUGUGGCUUGCACAGCGAUGCUAAUCCUGACCUCAUUUUGAGAAUGAAGGCAGAUUAAAGUGCAUAGUAGUCUUCCUUGCAAGUUGUAUCAGUGAUUAGAUUCAAGAAAAGUGAACUGCUCACUAGAAACCUGUUAAUUAAUUCGUAUCAACAGACUGCAGGAUAUAAUUAUAUCACACAAGAUGACAAAAGGAGAUAAGACUGCACAAGAGUGGAAGGAGGAAGGUAACGAGGAGUACAAUAAAGGCAAUUGGUUGGAGGCUUUAGAUUGCUAUACAAAUGCACUGGAAUUAACAAAAGGAGAAAAUACUGAUAAAGCAGUAUAUUAUAGAAAUCGGGCUGCUGCUCAUUUAAAGUUACAGGAAUACGGAAAAGUAAUUGCAGAUUGUGAUAGUGCAUUAAAAAUAUGCCCUACCGAUCCCAAGGCAUUAUUUCGAAGAUGCCAGGCAUUAGAGGCAUUAGAAAGAUUUGAGGAAGCAUAUCGAGAUGCGAAAUACCUCAUUUUGUCUGAUCCCAAUAACACAUCCAUUCAGCCCAUAGCUAUACGUUUACAUCAGAUCGUGCUAGAACGAGAUAAAGAAAAUUCUCGUACCAGUGCUAAAGUAUCGCAAAUGUCAAAGAUAGCAUUUGAUAUAAAUGUGAACAAAGAGAAACGUCUGCUUGCUAUUAAUAAUCUGCUUGUGCUCGCACGUGAGAGGGCUGGUGCGGAAGAAAUCUUCAAACAAGAAGGAGUAUCUAAGAUCACGAAACUUGUGAAAGUCGAAGAUAACGAGGAAAUAAUCUGCAGCGCAAUUCGCAUUGUAGCCGAAUUGUGCGCAGGCAACCUUAACCGAACUGAAGACAUCGUGAAAGACGUUGGUGUACCUUGGUAUCUGGAAAUGAUGAAUAGCAAGCACAAAGAGAGAGUUAAUACGUCGCAGUAUUGCUUGCAGACCGUUUUAAAUACUUACAGCGGUAUGGGUAAUAAGUCUGAUUCGAAGCCCGACAAGUUCUUGUGCGAGAACUACAAGAAAGAAAUAGACACGAUUCUGUCGUGCUUGCUGUACAGUGUAACAAACAGGACAAUAACGGGUCUAGCGAGAGACGCGAUAAUAGAAUUAAUUAUGCGCAAUAUUCAUUACACCGCAUUGGACUGGGCCGAGCGCUUGGUCGAACUUCGCGGUCUGCAGAGGCUAAUGGAGGUAGCCAGCGAAUUGGAAGAAUUCAAAUACGAGUCUUCGAUGGACGUUACACCUUCCACGCGGACUAUCACCAGCGUGUGUUUAGCCAGAAUAUAUGAGAAUAUGUACUACGACGCUGCUAAGGACAAGUUUAGGGACGCUAUUGAUGAAUUUAUUAAAGAUAAAUUGCUCACGCCAGAUAUAGAAUCGAAGGUACGUGUAGUGGUUUCAAUAACGACUUUACUGCUGGGCCCGUUGGACGUCGGAAACGCAGUGGUAGCUAAGGAAGGAAUUCUAGAGAUGAUUCUCGUUAUGGCGGGGACGGACGAUGUGUUGCAGCAGAAAGUCGCAUGUGAGUGCAUCGUCGCCGCCGCGUCGAAGAAGGACAAAGCCACCGCGAUUAUAAAUCAGGGUGUCAAUAUAUUGAAGAAGCUAUAUCAGUCGAAGGACGACUCGAUUCGGGUACGAGCGUUGGUCGGAUUGUGCAAGUUGGGCAGUUCCGGUGGCACAGACGCGACCAUCAGGCCUUUCGCCGACGGAGCGACAAAGAAACUGGCCGAGGCGUGCCGACGAUUCUUGAUUAAUCCCAAGAAACAAAAAGACAUGAGAAAAUGGGCCGUGGAGGGUCUGUCGUACCUCACUUUCGACGCCGAAGUGAAGGAGAAAUUGAUAGAGGACCAACAGGCCGUUCAGGCAAUGAUCGAGUUGGCUAAAACGGAAGAUCAGUCGGUUCUUUACGGCGUGGUCACGACGUUGGUGAAUCUGUGCAAUGCUUACGACAAGCAAGAGCUUAUACCCGAAAUGGUCGAACUGGCCAAGUUCGCAAAACAUCAUAUACCCGAGGAGCACGAGCUCGAUGACGUUGAUUUCGUGAAUAAAAGACUGUGCUCAUUGGCCAAGGCGGGUGUGACCAGUGCUUUAGUCAGCCUCGCUAAGACGGACAGCCAGAACAGCAAGGAACUGAUAGCGCGCGUUUUCAACGCGUUGUGCAGUCAACAGGAUGUGAGAGGCAUCAUUGUUCAACAGGGUGCCAUGAAGGUACUGCUGCCGUUGGCGCUCGACGGCACGGAUAAGGGUAAGAAACAAGCUUCGCAGGCUCUGGCUCGUCUGGGGAUCACGAUCAAUCCGGAAGUUGCGUUCCCGGGCCAGAGAAUCAUGGAGGUGGUGCGGCCAUUCAUAAAUCUCCUGAACCCAGAAUGUUCGGCGCUUGAGAACUUCGAAAGUUUGAUGGCCCUGUGCAACUUGGCCGGCGUCAACGACAGCGUGCGGAAACGGAUAUUAAAAGAGGGCGGAUUCCAGAAGAUCGAGACCUAUAUGUAUGAGGAUCACGACAUGCUGAGGCGUGCGUCCACGCAAGUUAUAAACAACUUGGUAAUGUGCGAGGAGACGGUGCAGUAUUUCGAGCAGGAGAACGACAGAGUCAAAUAUCUCGUGAUAUUGUGCGAGGACGAGGAUCAAGAUACCAGCCUGGCGGCGUCUGGAGCACUGGCGAUACUCACAUCAGCGAGCAAAAAGAUUUGCGAGAAGAUCUUUGACUCAAAGGAUUGGGCGGAAUCUUUGCGCUUCUUACUCGCCAACCCGAACGAUGACCUGCAACAUCGAGGCGUUGUGAUCGUGCUGAACAUGAUGGGAAGCACGAAAGAUGUCGCUUCGAAGCUCAUCGAUACGGAUAUAAUGGAGAUACUGAUGGCGUUGAGUAAAGAUGAGAACAUACAGAAUCCAAAAAUUAAGGAAUUUGCGACUACCGCUUUGGACGCCGCCGCUGAGUGGAAUUUGAUUAAGAAGAACGUCGAUGAGGGAGAAUCACAAGGAGAGUCACAGGGCACCAGCAACAUCGAACAUAUCGAUUGAGGAUAUUAAACGUAAAUGUUUGAAUACUAAUUCAACGUUAAAUUGGCAUGUCGUGUAUCUUUAUUAUAUUUCAAAUCGAGUGCCUUGAAUUAUAAAGAAAAAUAUAUAUACAGGAUGGGGCACCUAAAACAGGUCACCUGAAUGACUGAAACUGAUA